AUGUCUUCUCCAUUGCAAAACACAGCUGCUUGGCUCCCUACCAAACAAGCCAAACCCUUUCAGAUCGGUCCAGCUGAUGUUCCAGCACUCAAGCCCCGCGAAGUACUGAUCAAGACCCACGCCGUAGCGAUCAACCCGGCCGACGCAGGUAUCCAAAACCUCGGACUGCUCUGGGAGAAGUAUCCGAUCAUCAUCGGCUGCGAUCUGGCGGGCGAAGUCGUCGAGGUCGGAGACGAAGUGGAUGCUAGCAGGAACAUUCGGAAAGGCGAUCGUGUCCUGGCUUGUGUAGAGAAGGGGGCUUUUCAGCAGUAUUGUGCUGCUGCGGUCGAGUUGGUGGCGAAGAUACCUGAGCAUGUCAGCUAUGCUCAAGCGAGUGUGCUGCCUGCGGGGCUUUCGACUGCGGCUGUUAGUCUGUUCCACGAGGAAGGAAUGAGGCUUGAGUUGCCGAGCUUGGAACCCAAGCCCAAUGGACAGGUGAUUGUGGUUUGGGGUGGUAGUUCUUCGGUUGGAAGUUGUGGCAUUCAAAUGCUGGUUGCUGCGGGAUACGAGGUGUUUGCUACCGCAGGGGCGAAGAAUGCGACUUAUUGCGAAGAGCUUGGGGCUACAAGAGUGUUUGAUCACAAGCAAGAGGGAGUCGAGGAAGAGAUCGUGGAAGCUGUCAAGGGCAGCGGCAAGAGGUUCGGCGGCAUUUUCAGCGCGAUCAUGACGCUCGAUGUGAUGAACACGGUGGUCCGGCUCGCGGACAAGCUUGGUCAUGACGAGCAGUCUCGCACGGUAGGAACGGUGGUGCCGCCAGAUAUGCCGGUAUUUCCACUGCCGGGGUUGCCUUCUGGCGUCAAGCUGGCCUUCUGCAGAGGACCAACAGCGUUUGUGCAGGAAUCAGAAUUGGCGGCGAUGUUGGGAUGGAGCAAGCGUCCCGUGUCCCAUAUCGGACGUGCAGUCUUCGAGGAGUGGCUGACGCCAGCAUUGGAAGCAGGCUUGCUGAAGUGCAAGCCGGAGCCGCAGGUUGUUGGAGGGGGGCUGGAGAAGGUGCAGGAUGCGUGCGAUAUGAUGUCGGAUGGUGUCAGCGCAACGAAACUUGUGGUAGUGUUGGAGGGAAAGUGA